AUGCUAUGCAUUGGCCUCUCAAGUGUUCCUCCUCUGUCUUCAUCCACAACUGCCCUCUACUUCUCCAGCUUCAACAUUGCCUAUUUGAAAGCAGAGGACCUUACUUCCCUAACUAAUGUAAUAACGUUUGCUAUCGACAACACGACUUUGAGGGAGGUUCAACCUGGCACGUUUGAUUCCCCUGUGAACUUAAAAGCCUUGGCAGUUACUGGAACUGAAUUGCAAGAUCUACCUGAGGCCUUAUUCCAAAAUCUUCAUUUGCUUGAGACUCUGAACCUAAACAGAAACAAGCUUGGGUUACUUCAUCCAAAAUGGUUCUCCACAAUCAAAGUUCUAUCUCACCUUGAUCUCUCUCAGAAUCAACUAAGCUCAUUACCCGUGGAAGCUUUUCAACCGCUUACUAAGCUGGAGUACUUGAUGCUCUCAAGAAAUUCCAUCAGUCAGUUGUUUAGUGAGACUUUCAAAGGGCUAUCAAAGCUAAAAUAUCUUCGACUAAAUAAAAAUUUGCUCAGGGCAAUCCCCAGUGGAUGUUUCGAUGAUCUCCAAAAUGUAGAGGAACUAUCCCUACAGGACAAUAUGGUUACUCAUCUCCAACAUGACUUGUUCUCAAAGACUACAAAACUCACAAAGCUGUUCCUCUCAAACAACCAACUGAGGACUCUUCCACAAGGACUCUUGUUGCACCUUCCCAAUCUAGCCCAGAUUUCCUUGUAUGAAAACCAGCUGGAAAAUUUGCAUCCAGGGGUUUUUGGUCCCAUGCCCCUGGAAGAGUUAUGGCUGUAUGACAACAAACUGGGACGUAUAGAGGAUUACACCUUUAAAAAUCUCACUCGGCUACGUCUCCUGGUGCUUAGUCGCAACAGGAUAAGCUAUGUAUCUCCCGGAGCCUUUCAAGGGUUGGAACAGAUAGGUGAAAUAUCACUUCACACCAACCUGCUGGAAACAUUACAAGCUGGGACAUUCCAAGGUCUUCCCGGCCUGGUAAAUAUUUCUCUGGAGCACAAUUCUAUCAGUUAUCUGCCUGCUGGAUUUCUCGAAGGCCUGAGUCACUUGGGACAGAUUGACCUGAGAAAUAACACUCUUGCAAACCUGCCUCAGCAAGAUCUUGACGCGCUUUCUGUGGCAGAGGAGGUGCUUCUUCAGCAGAACCCUUGGAGGUGUGAUGAGGAUAUUCUGCCUCUUCGCACCUGGAUGAGAAAGCAUCCUUUAAAGGUCAACCAAAGCCUUGUGGUGUGUGAUACUCCACUAAAUCUGAGUGGGGAGAUAAUUGCUUUGCUGAGAGAAGAAGACUUGGGGGAGCAGAGUUCUACACAACAGACACCGCUGAUCUCAACGGGGAACAGGAGGAAACCAAACAUCCCGCCAGUGAAAAGUACUUCUUCACCUGCUGUGAUGACAACAUCGUCCUCAGAGUAUGAAGUGACGAGAAACGGACAGGGGGAGGAGGGACACGUUCCGAACUAUACUUCCAUCAUCCUCAUUGUCAUCGCUGUUGUUGCCACAAUCAUCAUAAGUGCCACCAUUAUUGGCUGUCUAUACUGGAGAAGGAACAAGAGAGGACAGGGACAUAUAGGCCAUAGGAGCAGGAACUCAGUGCUGUAA